AGGGAGCGAGACACAAGCCGAGCGCCCCGAGCGGAAGGACAGGCUGAAAGGGAGCCGGCAAGGAGGCGAGAGCCCGGGGGGCGCGUGCCAGCUGGCGGGAUGGAGGGCCGCCUGGCAUGGGCCAUGUAGCGGCAGCAGGUUGCCGAGCUGGGUGGGCAGAGCGAAGCGGGUGCCUCCGCCGGGGGUGAGGGGGCAUGGGAGGGGCAGGCAUGCUGCUGCUGCUGCUGCUGGCCGGGGCCACCGCCUGGAGACCCCCGAAGGGGAAGUGUCCUCCCAGCUGCUCCUGCUCCAAGGACAGUGCCCUGUGCGAGGGGUCCCCAGACCUGCCAGAGAGCUUCUCCCCAACUCUGCUGUCACUGAGUGGCUCUGGCGUGGGUUCUGGUGGCUUGCUCCCAGCCACCCCUGCGUGUGUCCCCAGCUCGCUGGUCAGGACUGGAGUCACCCAGCUGAAGGCCGGGGGCUUCCUGAAGCUGCCCUCGCUGCACCUGCUCCUCUUCACGUCCAACUCCUUCUCUGUGAUCGAGGAUGAUGCAUUUGCCGGCUUGUCCCACCUGCAGUACCUCUUCAUCGAGGACAAUAAGAUCGGCUCCAUCUCUAAGAACGCCCUUCGCGGACUGCGCUCUCUCACACACCUGAGCCUGGCCAAUAACCACCUCGAGACCCUCCCCAGGUUCCUGUUCCGAGGCCUGGAGACUCUGACUCACGUGGACCUCCGAGGGAACCCAUUCCAGUGUGACUGCCGUGUCCUCUGGCUGCUGCAGUGGCUGCCCACCGUGAAUGCCAGUGUGGGCACCGGGGCCUGUGCUGACCCAGCUGCCCUGGCCCACAUGCAGCUUCACCACCUGGACCCCAAGAUAUUCAAGUGCAGAGCCACAGAACUGUCCUGGUUCCAGACUGUUGGGGAGUCAGCGCUGGAUGUGGAGUCUUUCUCCUACCAGGGGGAGCCCUACAUGGUCCUGGCCCAGCCCUUCGCUGGACGAUGCCUGAUCCUCGCCUGGGACUACAGCCUGCAGCGCUUCCGGCCUGAGGAGGAGCUGGCGGCGCCCUCGGUGGUGUCUUGCCAGCCCCUGGUGCUGGGCCCCAGCCUCUUUGUGCUGGCUGCCCGGCUGUGGGGGGGCUCGCAGCUGUGGGCACGGCCCAGCCCCGGCCUGCGCCUGGCCGCCACGCAGACCCUGGCCCCACGGCAGCUGCUGAGGCCCAACGACGCCGAGCUGCUGUGGCUGGACGGGCAGCCCUGCUUCGUGGUGGCCGACGCAUCCAAGGCGGGCAGCACCACGCUGCUGUGCCGCGAGGGCCCCGGCUUCUACCCGCGCCAGAGCCUGCACGCCUGGCACCGAGACACGGACGCCGAGGCCCUGGAGCUGGACGGCCGGCCACACCUGCUGCUGGCCUCAGCCUCGCAGCGCCCCGUGCUCUUCCAGUGGGUAGGGGGCCACUUCGAGAGGCGCACCGACAUCCCUGAGGCCGAGGACGUCUACGCCACCCACCACUUCCAGGCGGCCGGGGACGUGUUUCUGUGCCUGACGCGCUACAUUGGGGACUCCAUGGUCAUGCGCUGGGAUGGCUCUAUGUUCCGCCCACUGCAGCAGCUCCGCUCCCGCGGCACGCACGUCUUCCAGCCGCUGCUCAUCGCCCGGGACCAGCUAGCUAUUCUGGGCAGUGACUUCGCCUUCAGCCGGAUCUACCGCCUGGAGCCCGACAAGGGCCUCCUAGAACCGCUGCAGGAGCUGGGGCCUCCGGCCUUGGUGGCCCCCAGAGCGUUCGCCCACAUUGCAGUGGCGGGCAGACGCUUCCUCUUUGCUGCUUGCUUCAAGGGCCCCACCCAGAUCUACCAGCACCACGAGUUAGAUCUCAGCGCCUGAGACCAGUGGGGACCCUGGGCACUGAGGGCACGGGGCUGGCAGGGAGGCCUGGGUCUCUGGCUGUCGCCUUAACGGCCGCCUGACCCCGAGCGGUGACAGGUGGUUGGGCGAGAUACUGGCCACUGGACAAGCCCCGGACAAGAACGUCCCUUCCGGUCUUAAGCAACAUCUUGGCUGGAGCAGAUGUCCCCACCAAGGGUGACUCAGGCUGGGACACUGUCCAGUGCCCAGAUGCACAAGUCACGGGGGGUGUGUGAUGCACAGAAGCUCCCGUCUCCCCUCUCCACACUCCCUCCG